GUCUGUUACCGCAGCUAUUAGGAGUAGCACCAGAGAAGGCCAUAAAACUUACUGUUAACGAUUUUGUGAGAGAUAAAUUUAUGAGUAAAGAUGGCUCUGUCCCACUGGCUGCAGAAAUUCUUGCUGGUGGCUGUGCUGGAGGUUCUCAAGUGAUCUUUACCAAUCCACUGGAAAUUGUCAAGAUUCGAUUACAGGUGGCUGGAGAAAUUACUACUGGUCCACGAGUUAGUGCCCUCACUGUAUUACGAGACUUAGGCUUCUUUGGUCUCUACAAGGGUGCUAAGGCGUGUUUUUUGCGUGACAUCCCCUUCUCUGCCAUUUACUUCCCCUGUUACGCACAUUUGAAAUCUUCAUUUGCAAAUGAAGAUGGGAGAGUUAGCCCUGGAAAUCUGCUCUUGGCUGGAUCAAUAGCUGGUAUGCCUGCAGCUUCUCUGGUGACCCCUGCGGAUGUCAUCAAAACAAGACUACAGGUGGCAGCCCGGGCAGGACAGACCACCUACAGUGGCGUUGUAGACUGCUUUGUCAAGAUUGUUCGAGAGGAAGGUCCGAAGGCUCUGUGGAAGGGAGCAGGAGCUCGUGUAUUUCGAUCUUCUCCUCAGUUUGGUGUAACUCUGGUGACUUACGAGCUGCUGCAGAGAUGGUUUUACGUGGACUUUGGGGGAGUAAAACCAGCUGGAUCAGAGCCAGUUCCUAAAUCUAGGAUCACGCUCCCUGCUCCUAACCCUGACCAUGUUGGUGGUUAUAAAUUGGCAGUUGCCACUUUUGCAGGGAUUGAAAACAAGUUUGGACUUUACCUACCUCGAUUUAAGCCAUCCCCACCUACCUCAAAGGCUGCUGCAGCAGUAGAACCCUAAAUUUAUUGGUGUAGGUUUUUUGUUAUUAGUUGGGAAAGAGCCACUUUUCUAAUUGGUUAAUAGUUUGUUCCUUUAGCUUCUCAUCAUAUAACAGUUUAUCUUCAUUUGAGUUUUAAGGCAAUUUUCAUCUUAAAUGUAAUCAUUUGUCUUUGUGCUUCCUUAACCAGAUCACUGUGAAAUUCUUACCAGUUGUUUUAAGUUUGGGACCAUGAAUGUAUUUGUCCACAUCUGACAUGUGCUUGUGUUGGGAAGACACUAAUUUUAGGUUCCAUUUAUUGGGGAGGGCUGGGUGAGAGCUGUGAACCAGAUCAUCUUACAGGCAAUGCUUGAUUGCAGAUUACCAGGGUGGAUGUCGCACAUCGUCACUCAAAUGGAAAAACUCAGUGGAUAUCACGGUGCUCAAAGUGGAAUGAUUUUUGACUGUACAUGUAAAUUGGUUAUAAACCUACUGCGUGUCUGUAGAGGUCAGCAAAUAUACACCCGGUACCUAAGUAUGCCAGUACAGCUUCAACUUUUUAAAUAUGUACACGCACAAGUUCUGUUUCUGGAUUGUAUUAUGAAGCUUUUAUGUGGAACAUGUUUUUGUAAUGGAAACCACAUUUAUAAAUGUUUAGCCGUUGUAUUAUGUUACUGGUAUCAAAAUGCUCAAAAGAAAGUGUUAUUGUCCAUAGUCUUUGCACUUUAUGGCAGUACUUUUGGCAUUCUACUACACGUACAAGGAAAUUUCAUAACUAGGUGCCUAUCUUGGGUUGCUGGUGUUUGGAAUUCAGUUUGUAUAUGCACUUCUAUGGUAAAACGCUGCUUAUUUAAAUAACUGCAAUAGAAAGUUCAUGCACUGUAUCAAUGGUACCUGCCUUAACUGCUGGCUUGUAAUUGGCAAAUAGGUGGUUUCAGAUUCUUAUUUACUUCAUUGAGUCAAAAGAGAUUAAAAUACUCUAAAAGAAGAUUUUACUUAA